AUGAGUCAAGUUUAUAGAUCUACUCGUUCUGCUACUGAACAAGAAAUAUCCUUUGAAGAGGCUAUCAUUACAGGAUUAGCUAAAGAUGGUGGCCUUUUCAUCCCAUCUGAAAUCCCACAAAUAUCCAAGGAUGCUCUCUCUGAGUGGGAGAACUUAUCAUUUCAGGAGUUAGCCUUCAACAUUAUGAGAUUAUACAUCAAGGAGUCUGAAAUUCCAAAUGAAGAUUUGAAAAAACUAGUUGAAAAGUCUUAUUCUACUUUCAGAUCAAAUGAUGUUACCCCAUUAGUCAAGAUUGAUUCCAAGAAUAAUUUGCACUUAUUGGAACUAUUUCAUGGUCCAACCUACGCUUUCAAGGAUGUUGCGUUACAAUUUGUUGGUAACUUGUUUGAGUACUUUUUACAGAGAAAGAAUGCCAACAAGAAAGAAGGCGAGGAGAGAGAUAUCAUUACUGUUGUUGGUGCAACAUCAGGUGACACAGGUUCAGCUGCAAUCUAUGGUUUAAGAAAUAAAAAGGAUGUUAGUGUUUUUAUCAUGUACCCAACCGGUAGAGUUUCGCCUUUGCAAGAGGACCAGAUGACUACAGUUACUGAUGACAACAUCCACACCUUCUCCGUUAAAGGUACCUUUGAUGAUUGCCAAUCUUUGGUGAAACAAGUUUUUGCGGACGAAGAAUUCAACAGUAAGUAUCAUAUCGGUGCUGUUAAUUCUAUCAACUGGGCAAGAAUUUUGGCACAAAUAACGUAUUAUUUCCAUGCUUAUUUCAAUUUGAAAAAACAAGUUGGUUCCGAAGACUUCCACGUUAAAUUUGUUGUUCCAUCUGGAAACUUUGGUGAUAUUCUUGCUGGCUUUUACGCAGAAGAGAUGGGAUUGCCUGUUGAAAAAUUAGUUGUUGCUACCAAUGAAAACAACAUAUUACAUAGGUUUAUUAACAGUGGUGUUUACGACAGAACACCAGCUAAGGUCACAUAUUCACCAGCCAUGGACAUUUCCAUCUCCUCCAAUUUUGAAAGGUUCUUAUGGUAUAUGGUCAGGAAAACCGAUGGUAAGAAUGACGACAUGAAAACCGGUUCCAUAAUGGCUAACUUUAUGUCCUCAUUGAACUCUCCAAAGGGUGAGUUUACGGUUUCUCCUGAAACCCUUGCCGUCACAAGAGAAAUCCUAGCAUCUGCCUCUGUUACAAACGAAGAAACUGUUGCAACUAUUAGAGAAACCUACCAGAAUACCUCCAAUAAGUACAUUUUAGACCCACAUUCUGCUGUUGGUAUUCACACUUGCUUGAAAACAAUGGAAACAAGUGAGGAUAAACCAAACACUUAUUACAUUUCGUUAUCUACUGCGCACCCGGCAAAGUUUUCUGAAGUUGUUAACUUAGCGUUGGGUGAAUUUGAAGGAUAUUCUUUUGAAAAGGACGUUCUUCCAACUGAACUGAAACAACUGUCUUCUAUGGAAAAGAAAAUCAGGAUCAUUGAACAAGCAGACUUACAGACUGUCGAGGCUGCAAUUGUUGAAGAACUUGCAAAAGAAAAGAAAUAA